GAACCGGGCAGCAGAGACAGAGGGGCUGAGGGGGAAAAAAAGCGUUUCCAGGUCAGCUCAACAUGGAGAGAGGUGCAGAGAGACAAAGAGCAGAUGAUAGGGAGGCUGUGGAGGAAAAAGGCUCGCUGGAAAGGCAAUGGGGGGAGGCAGAGGUGCUGGCUCUGAUAUCUGUGUGGGAAGAGAUUGGAGCUCAGCACGUAGCAGAGAGUAGAGCCACAUUUGAGUUGAUCUCAGAGCGUCUGAGACGGCUCAGUGUUGCACGCAGCUGGCGGGAGUGCCAGGCCAAGAGCAGGAGCCUGGGACUUCAGAGCAGGAAGCCUGACGCGGCAGCAGGCACGUCAGCAGCCUACAGCCCAGGAGUGGAUGGAAGGCCAGUGGAGGACUGGGAGGAAGAUGUGGGGAAUCACAGAGGAAUAUUUUCCUCCUCUAUCCCAGUACCGUUGCACGAAGGAGUCAAGAGCCGAAUCCAUCCCGCUCUUCCUUUCCCCCCAAACGUGAUGGAGGAAGGGGGCCGCCACUGGACAGACGACGAGGUGCGUGCUCUGCUGUGCGUCUGGGCCGACCGCUGCAUUCGGGAGCGCUUGAAGAGCACGCUGCGCAACAAGUGCAUCUUCCAAGAGAUGGCCCGUCAGAUGCAGAGGAAGUUCGGAGUGGUGCGCAACUGGAAACAGUGUCGAACCAAAUACAAGAAUCUGAAGUACGACUACAAGACGGCUAAGAGCGCCCACGUGGCGGGAGGCAGCAGCGCGGGAAGCCCGGGGAAGUACAUGAAGUUUUUUGAAGAGGUGGAGGCCAUCCUGCUGGAUCGGGGACUGGAGAACGGGACUGUGGAGAUGCAGACGAGGCUGUACAAUGGAGAAAUGGGAGCAGGCAGGCUCCAGACAACAGCGGGAAAUAUAGGACAGAUGAAUACCUCUGACAGUGAGAUUGUCAUAGAAAUAGAUGAUGAUGACAACAGUGAUGAUUAUGAUAUCGAUGGAGACGUGGAUGCACAAUGUAGAGAGGCCCAUUUGAUACACACCGACUCAGCCAGCUCCGACCAGUUCCAUGUGGUCACGGUGUCAGACACCGGUCGGAACUGGAGCGACCAAGAAGUAAAAGCACUUAUCCAGGUCUGGUCCGACCAGCGCAUUUGCAAGCAGCUGGAGAGCUCGACCAGAAAGAGGGACAUCUUUGUCCAGAUCUCCAACAGGUUAAAACAACAAGGCAUUGAGCGGGACUGGAAGCAGUGCCACACCAAGUACAAAAACCUCAAGUACCUUUAUAGGUCCCUUCAGAGAGGGAGGACAGACGAGUCAGACCCCAGACGCCUCAUGAGGUUCUACGAUGAGGUCGAAGCCAUUAUGAAUCACACCACAAACGGCAGGGGGCACCACACUGUGCACGCCGACAGACUCCUCAUGUUUCAGGGAUGUGAGGAGAGCCAUCAGGAGGAUAUCUAUCUGACUAAGUCAAACACAACGGUGGUGGUGGGGGAAAUGGACGAAAAAACCAGCAGCUCUGAUUCUGUGUCGUCCAUAGCCACCGAUGUUGCUUCAGACCUCAGCGACCUGCGCACAAACGCCAUCAGAGAGCCCCGUCUGGAUCGACACCACAGACUACUGAGCCCAUCUGAAGCUUGGCCAGAAAAAGAUGACACCUUCCCCGGGCUCAGAGGGAUGAAGAGGAAAGCUGUGGACCAAGAUCCCACACUCCAAACGCCUGCAAAAAAAACGAACAGCGGCCGUGACACUGCUAAUAAAGGGGAGACUCAGUGCAAAGAGGAGCAGGAGCAUAUCCCCAUAAUAAAGAUCAAAUCUGUCUGCUCCAUAGCCCAUCCUGAUCCACCCCCACGGAGACAGAACAGUCAAGGAUCGACCAGCACCAUGGCCUCCACUCCAGAGUUGAACAUCGGCCAGAAGCUCAAUGAGGGGAAAACGAAGCAGAUUUUUGAACUUGCGGACCAGCCUGGACUGGUUCUGGUUCAGUCCAAAGACCAGAUCACCGCAGGCAACGCCGUGAGGAAAGAUCAGAUGGAGGGAAAGGCUGCCAUCGCCAAUAAAACCACAAGCUGCGUGUUCAAACUGCUCCAGGAAUCUGGCAUUAAGACUGCUUUUGUCAAGCAGCACUCGGACACUGCCUUCAUUGCAGCUCACUGUGAGAUGAUUCCCAUCGAGUGGGUGUGUCGCAGGGUGGCCACCGGGUCCUUCCUCAAGAGGAAUCCUGGAGUCAAAGAGGGCUACCGCUUCUCCCCCCUAAAGAUGGAGAUGUUCUUUAAAGAUGAUGCCAAUAAUGAUCCACAGUGGUCAGAGGAGCAGCUGCUAACAGCUAAAUUCUGCCUGGCUGGGCUCACUAUUGGUCAGUGUGAGGUGGACAUUAUGAAUCGCAGCACUGUCGCCAUUUUUGAGAUUUUGGAGAGGGCUUGGGCAACUCAGAACUGCACUCUGGUGGACAUGAAGAUUGAAUUUGGCGUAAAUGUGAAAACGCAGGAGAUCGUUCUUGCCGACGUGAUCGACAAUGAUUCUUGGAGGUUGUGGCCAGCUGGAGAUCGCAGUCAACAAAAAGAUAAGCAGGUAUACCGAGACCUGAAAGAAGUGACUCCAGAGGCAAUGCAAAUGGUGAAGCGAAACUUUGAGUGGGUUUCCGAUAGGGUCAAGCUGCUGCUGGAGCCCCAGGCCAGCGGCCGGGUGGUGGUUCUGAUGGGCUCUACCUCGGACAUGGCCCACUGCGAAAAAAUCCGGAAGGCUUGCACCUCCUUCGGGAUCCCCUGUUUUCUUAGGGUCACCUCGGCCCACAAGGGUCCGGAUGAGACUCUCCGCAUCAAAGCAGAAUAUGAAGGCGAUGGCAUCCCCACUGUAUUUGUGGCGGUAGCUGGCAGAAGUAACGGCCUGGGGCCAGUGAUGUCUGGAAACACGGCGUACCCCGUUAUCAACUGCCCCCCUCUGACUCCAGACUGGGGAGCACAAGAUGUCUGGUCGUCCCUCAGGAUGCCAAGUGGUCUUGGCUGCUCCACAAUCCUUUCUCCUGAGGCUGCGGCUCAGUUCGCAGCACAGAUCUUUGGACUUGCCAACCACCUGGUGUGGAGCAAACUUCGGGCUUCCAUGCUCAACACCUGGGUGUCCCUCAAGUUGGCCGACAAAAAGUUACAGGCCUGUACCCUGUAA